UUCCACUUGGCCUGACCCUGAGGAACGAAUGACAGCCUCCACCGAUGCUGCAGGAACCAGGACCCCUGCAGAUGACGCCUGCCCCGACGGUGGCCGUUGGAUGUGUCAGUGACCUGCAGGACGUCUCCGAAAGGCUGACGAGGAAGCUCCAUCGAGAUCCGAGGACGUAUCCUGUUCGUCUCCCAGAAUCGCACCGAGGGGGCAUCACCCCCCCCCCCCCCCCCCAAGUUGAGUCGUACGCACCGUAUGGCUGGGCACGUUUCAAAAGCCCCCCGCGGACGAGGUUGUCACAGCCCGCCCACCGGCUUGUUUCGACUUUGGACUGGGAGACCCUGGCCCCGGAGGGGCUUCUGCCUCGGAUAAACACUCUCCCUGUGAGAGGGACGCCGCGCAGACCGGUGGCCUGGUGGCUGAGGGCUGGGGGCGUUAUUGGCGGGCCAAUCUCGAAAUCUUCCCCACACGAUGGAGACCAGGGUUGCAGAACAAGCUUUCGGAUCAGAUGAAGAAGUCGUCACGGGUGCGGCGUGCCUGCCUGGCGGUUCCAGAUUGAAGGCUGAGGACUUGGUGUGUGGUGACGAGGCGCGCGACGGAGGAU